UACAGAGAGGCCAAUGGGAAUUGAACUUUGAGCAUCAUUUGUCACAACCAGGACUGAUGUGCACACAGAAGGAAUGAAGUAUGGAUGUGAAGGAACGGAGGCCUUAUUGCUCCCUGACCAAGAGCAGACGAGAGAAAGAACGGCGGUAUACUAAUUCCUCAGCAGACAAUGAGGAGUGUAGGGUACCUACACAGAAGUCUUACAGUUCCAGUGAGACCUUGAAAGCUUUUGAUCAUGACUCCUCACGGCUGCUUUAUGGAAACAGAGUAAAGGAUUUGGUUCACAGAGAAGCAGAUGAGUACACCAGACAAGGACAGAAUUUUACCCUAAGGCAGUUAGGAGUUUGUGAACCAGCAACUCGAAGAGGACUGGCAUUUUGUGCGGAAAUGGGGCUCCCCCACAGAGGUUACUCUAUCAGUGCAGGGUCAGACGCUGAUACUGAAAAUGAAGCAGUGAUGUCCCCAGAGCAUGCCAUGAGACUUUGGGGCAGGGGGGUCAAGUCGGGCCGCAGCUCCUGCCUGUCAAGUCGGUCCAACUCAGCUCUCACCCUGACAGAUACAGAGCACGAAAACAAGUCGGACAGUGAGAAUGAGCAACCUACAAGCAAUCAAGGCCAGUCCACCUUGCAGCCUUUGCCACCUCCCCAUAAGCAGCACUCUGCACAGCAUCAUCCAUCCAUCACUUCUCUCAAUAGAAAUUCCCUGACCAAUAGAAGGAACCAGAGUCCGGCGCCGCCGGCUGCUUUGCCCGCCGAGCUGCAAACCACACCUGAGUCCGUCCAGCUGCAGGACAGCUGGGUCCUUGGCAGUAAUGUACCACUGGAAAGCAGGCAUUUCCUAUUCAAAACAGGAACAGGGACGACGCCACUGUUCAGUACUGCAACCCCAGGAUACACAAUGGCAUCUGGCUCUGUUUAUUCGCCGCCUACUCGGCCACUACCUAGAAACACCCUAUCAAGAAGUGCUUUUAAAUUCAAGAAGUCUUCAAAGUACUGUAGCUGGAAAUGUACUGCCCUGUGUGCUGUAGGAGUCUCAGUGCUCCUGGCAAUACUCCUCUCAUAUUUUAUAGCGAUGCAUCUGUUUGGCCUCAACUGGCAGUUGCAACAGACUGAAAAUGACACGUUUGAGAAUGGAAAAGUGAAUUCUGAUACCAUGCCAACCAACACUGUGUCAUUACCUUCCGGCGACAAUGGAAAAUUAGGUGGAUUUACACAAGAAAAUAACACCAUAGAUUCCGGAGAACUUGAUAUUGGCCGAAGAGCGAUUCAAGAGGUUCCUCCUGGGAUCUUCUGGAGAUCACAGCUCUUUAUUGAUCAGCCACAGUUUCUUAAAUUCAAUAUCUCUCUUCAGAAGGAUGCAUUGAUUGGAGUAUAUGGCCGAAAAGGCUUACCACCUUCCCAUACUCAGUACGACUUUGUCGAGCUCCUGGAUGGCAGCAGGUUGAUUGCAAGAGAGCAGCGGAACCUGCUUGAGUCCGAAAGAGCCGGGCGCCAGGCGAGAUCCGUCAGUCUUCACGAGGCUGGCUUCAUCCAGUACUUGGAUUCCGGAAUCUGGCAUCUGGCUUUUUAUAAUGAUGGGAAAAAUGUGGAGCAGGUGUCUUUUAAUACCAUUGUUAUAGAGUCUGUGGUGGAAUGCCCCCGAAAUUGCCAUGGAAAUGGAGAGUGUGUUUCUGGAACUUGCCAUUGUUUUCCGGGAUUUCUAGGUCCAGAUUGUUCAAGAGCAGCCUGUCCAGUGCUGUGUAGUGGCAAUGGGCAGUACUCCAAGGGCCGCUGCCUCUGUUUCAGUGGCUGGAAGGGCACUGAGUGUGACGUGCCGACUACCCAGUGUAUUGACCCCCAGUGCGGGGGUCGUGGGAUUUGUAUCAUGGGCUCUUGUGCUUGCAACUCGGGAUACAAAGGAGAAAACUGUGAAGAAGCUGACUGCCUCGACCCUGGAUGUUCUAAUCAUGGUGUGUGUAUCCAUGGGGAAUGUCACUGCAAUCCAGGAUGGGGUGGUAACAAUUGUGAAAUACUGAAGACCAUGUGUCCAGACCAGUGCUCUGGUCAUGGAACGUAUCUUCAAGAAAGUGGCUCCUGCACUUGUGACCCUAAUUGGACUGGCCCAGACUGCUCAAAUGAAAUAUGUUCCGUGGACUGUGGCUCACAUGGCGUUUGCAUGGGGGGCACUUGUCGCUGUGAAGAAGGCUGGACGGGCCCAGCAUGUAAUCAACGAGCCUGCCACCCCCGCUGUGCUGAACACGGGACCUGCAAGGACGGCAAGUGUGAAUGUAGCCAGGGAUGGAACGGAGAGCACUGCACCAUCGAGGGCUGUCCUGGUCUAUGCAACAGCAAUGGGAGAUGUACGCUGGACCAAAACGGCUGGCAUUGUGUUUGCCAGCCAGGGUGGAGAGGAGCAGGGUGUGAUGUAGCCAUGGAGACCCUUUGCACAGAUAGCAAGGACAAUGAAGGAGAUGGACUCAUUGACUGCAUGGAUCCUGAUUGCUGUUUGCAAAGUUCUUGCCAAAAUCAGCCCUACUGCCGUGGACUGCCUGAUCCUCAGGAUAUCAUUAGCCAGAGCUUACAAUCCCCAUCUCAGCAAGCUGCCAAAUCCUUCUAUGAUCGAAUCAGUUUUCUUAUAGGAUCUGAUAGCACCCAUGUUAUACCCGGAGAAAGUCCUUUCAAUAAGAGCCUUGCAUCCGUCAUCAGAGGCCAAGUGCUAACUGCUGAUGGAACGCCCCUUAUUGGAGUAAAUGUCUCGUUUUUCCACUACCCAGAAUAUGGAUAUACUAUUACCCGCCAGGACGGAAUGUUUGACUUGGUGGCAAAUGGUGGGGCUUCUCUAACUUUGGUAUUUGAACGAUCCCCAUUCCUCACUCAGUAUCAUACUGUCUGGAUUCCAUGGAAUGUCUUUUAUGUGAUGGAUACCCUAGUCAUGAAGAAAGAAGAGAAUGACAUUCCCAGCUGUGAUCUGAGUGGAUUUGUGAGGCCAAAUCCUAUCAUCGUGUCAUCACCUUUAUCCACCUUUUUUAGAUCUUCUCCUGAAGACAGUCCCAUUAUUCCUGAAACACAGGUACUCCAUGAAGAAACCACAAUUCCAGGAACAGAUCUGAAACUUUCCUACUUGAGUUCCAGAGCUGCAGGAUAUAAGUCAGUCCUCAAGAUCACCAUGACCCAGUCCGUGAUACCAUUUAAUUUAAUGAAAGUUCAUCUGAUGGUGGCUGUAGUAGGAAGACUCUUUCAAAAGUGGUUUCCUGCCUCACCAAACUUGGCCUAUACUUUUAUCUGGGAUAAAACAGAUGCAUAUAAUCAGAAGGUCUAUGGUCUAUCUGAAGCUGUUGUGUCAGUCGGAUAUGAAUAUGAGUCAUGUUUAGACCUGACGCUGUGGGAAAAGAGGACCGCCAUUUUGCAAGGCUAUGAAUUAGAUGCUUCCAACAUGGGUGGUUGGACGUUAGAUAAACAUCAUGUGUUGGAUGUUCAGAAUGGUAUACUGUACAAGGGAAAUGGGGAAAAUCAGUUUAUCUCCCAACAGCCUCCGGUUGUCAGUAGCAUCAUGGGCAAUGGACGAAGGCGCAGUAUCUCGUGCCCGAGUUGCAACGGUCAAGCUGAUGGUAAUAAACUAUUGGCCCCAGUUGCAUUAGCUUGCGGGAUCGAUGGCAGUCUAUAUGUAGGGGAUUUCAACUACGUCCGGCGGAUAUUCCCUUCUGGAAACGUAACAAGUGUUUUAGAACUAAGAAAUAAAGAUUUUAGACAUAGCAGCAACCCAGCUCACAGAUACUACCUUGCAACUGAUCCAGUCACAGGAGAUUUGUACGUUUCUGACACGAACACCCGCAGAAUUUAUCGCCCAAAAUCACUUACGGGUGCAAAAGACUUGACUAAAAAUGCUGAAGUGGUUGCAGGAACAGGAGAGCAAUGCCUUCCGUUUGAUGAAGCCAGAUGUGGGGAUGGAGGGAAGGCUGUGGAAGCCACACUCAUGAGUCCCAAAGGAAUGGCAGUUGAUAAGAAUGGAUUAAUCUACUUUGUUGAUGGAACCAUGAUCAGAAAAGUUGAUCAAAAUGGAAUCAUAUCAACUCUCCUGGGCUCUAACGAUCUGACUUCAGCCAGACCUUUAACUUGUGACACUAGCAUGCACAUCAGCCAGGUACGUCUGGAAUGGCCCACUGAUCUAGCCAUUAACCCUAUGGAUAACUCCAUUUAUGUCCUGGAUAAUAAUGUAGUUUUACAGAUCACUGAAAAUCGUCAAGUGCGCAUUGCUGCUGGACGGCCCAUGCACUGUCAGGUUCCAGGAGUGGAAUAUUCUGUGGGGAAGCACGCAGUUCAGACGACACUGGAAUCGGCUACUGCCAUUGCUGUGUCCUACAGUGGGGUCCUGUACAUUACUGAAACCGACGAAAAGAAAAUUAACCGAAUAAGGCAGGUCACAACAGAUGGGGAGAUCUCCUUGGUGGCUGGAAUACCUUCAGAGUGUGACUGCAAAAAUGAUGCCAACUGUGACUGUUACCAGAGUGGGGACGGCUAUGCCAAAGACGCCAAACUUAAUGCUCCGUCCUCCUUAGCUGCUUCUCCAGAUGGUACCUUGUAUAUUGCAGACCUAGGAAAUAUUCGGAUUCGGGCUGUGUCAAAGAAUAAGCCAUUGCUUAACUCUAUGAACUUUUAUGAAGUUGCCUCUCCAACUGAUCAAGAACUCUAUAUCUUUGACAUCAAUGGCACUCACCAAUAUACUGUAAGUUUAGUCACUGGUGAUUACCUGUACAAUUUUAGCUACAGCAAUGACAAUGAUAUUACUGCUGUGACGGACAGCAAUGGCAAUACCCUUAGAAUUAGACGGGACCCGAAUCGGAUGCCGGUUCGAGUGGUGUCUCCAGAUAACCAAGUGAUAUGGUUGACAAUAGGAACAAACGGAUGUUUGAAAAGCAUGACUGCUCAAGGACUAGAAUUAGUUUUGUUUACUUACCAUGGCAAUAGUGGCCUUUUAGCCACCAAAAGCGAUGAAACUGGAUGGACGACGUUUUUUGACUAUGACAGUGAAGGUCGUCUGACAAAUGUUACAUUUCCAACUGGAGUGGUCACAAACCUUCAUGGAGACAUGGACAAGGCUAUCACGGUGGACAUUGAGUCUUCCAGCCGAGAAGAAGAUGUCAGCAUCACUUCAAAUUUGUCCUCCAUCGACUCCUUCUACACCAUGGUUCAAGAUCAGUUGAGAAACAGCUACCAGAUUGGUUACGACGGCUCCCUUAGAAUUAUCUAUGCCAGUGGUCUGGAUUCACACUACCAGACAGAGCCACACGUUCUGGCUGGCACAGCUAAUCCAACAGUUGCCAAAAGAAACAUGACUCUUCCUGGUGAAAACGGUCAAAAUUUGGUGGAAUGGAGAUUCCGAAAAGAGCAAGCCCAAGGAAAAGUCAACGUCUUUGGUCGAAAGCUUAGGGUUAAUGGCAGAAACCUCCUUUCUGUUGACUUUGAUCGAACCACAAAGACAGAAAAGAUCUAUGACGACCACCGUAAAUUUCUACUGAGGAUCGCCUACGACAUGUCAGGGCACCCAACGCUCUGGCUGCCGAGUAGCAAGCUGAUGGCCGUCAAUGUCACCUACUCAUCCACAGGUCAAAUUGCCAGCAUCCAGCGAGGAACUACUAGUGAGAAAGUAGAUUAUGACGGACAGGGCAGGAUCGUCUCUCGGGUCUUUGCUGAUGGCAAAACCUGGAGUUAUACAUACUUGGAAAAGUCCAUGGUUCUUCUGCUUCAUAGCCAGCGGCAAUAUAUCUUUGAAUACGAUAUGUGGGACCGGCUGUCUGCCAUCACCAUGCCCAGUGUGGCUCGCCACACAAUGCAGACCAUCCGAUCCAUUGGCUACUACCGCAAUAUAUACAACCCCCCAGAAAGCAACGCCUCUGUCAUCACGGACUACAAUGAGGAAGGGCUGCUUCUGCAAACAGCUUUCUUGGGUACAAGUCGGAGGGUCUUAUUCAAGUAUAGAAGGCAGACCAGGCUCUCAGAAAUUUUAUAUGAUAGCACAAGAGUCAGUUUUACUUAUGAUGAAACAGCGGGAGUUCUAAAAACAGUAAACCUCCAGAGUGAUGGUUUUAUUUGCACCAUUAGAUACAGGCAGAUUGGCCCCCUGAUUGACAGACAGAUUUUCCGCUUUAGUGAAGAUGGGAUGGUAAAUGCGAGAUUUGACUAUAGCUAUGACAACAGCUUUCGAGUGACCAGCAUGCAGGGCGUCAUCAAUGAAACUCCACUGCCCAUUGAUCUCUAUCAGUUUGAUGACAUUUCUGGCAAAGUCGAGCAGUUUGGAAAAUUUGGAGUUAUAUAUUAUGAUAUUAACCAGAUCAUUUCCACAGCCGUAAUGACGUAUACGAAGCACUUUGAUGCUCACGGCCGCAUCAAGGAAAUUCAAUAUGAGAUAUUCAGGUCACUCAUGUACUGGAUUACAAUUCAAUAUGAUAACAUGGGUCGGGUAACCAAGAGAGAGAUUAAAAUAGGGCCCUUUGCCAACACUACCAAAUAUGCUUAUGAAUACGAUGUUGAUGGACAGCUCCAAACAGUUUAUCUAAAUGAAAAGAUCAUGUGGCGUUACAACUAUGAUCUGAAUGGAAACCUCCAUUUACUGAACCCAAGUAACAGUGCACGACUGACACCUCUUCGCUAUGACCUGCGAGACAGAAUAACGCGUCUGGGUGAUGUUCAGUAUCGGUUGGAUGAAGAUGGUUUCCUGCGUCAAAGAGGCACAGAGAUCUUUGAGUAUAGCUCCAAGGGGCUUCUAACACGGGUUUACAGCAAAGGCAGUGGCUGGACAGUGAUCUACCGUUAUGAUGGCCUGGGAAGGCGUGUUUCUAGCAAAACCAGUCUGGGACAGCACCUUCAGUUUUUUUAUGCUGACCUAACUUAUCCCACUAGGAUUACUCAUGUUUACAACCAUUCGAGUUCAGAAAUCACCUCCCUCUAUUAUGAUCUCCAAGGACAUCUCUUUGCCAUGGAAAUCAGCAGUGGUGAUGAAUUCUACAUUGCAUCGGAUAACACAGGGACACCACUGGCUGUUUUCAGUAGCAACGGGCUUAUGCUAAAGCAGAUUCAGUAUACUGCAUAUGGUGAAAUCUAUUUUGACUCCAAUAUUGACUUUCAACUAGUAAUUGGAUUUCAUGGUGGCUUGUAUGACCCACUCACAAAAUUAAUCCACUUUGGAGAAAGAGAUUAUGACAUUUUGGCAGGACGAUGGACAACGCCUGACAUAGAAAUCUGGAAAAGAAUUGGGAAAGACCCAGCUCCUUUUAACCUGUAUAUGUUUAGGAAUAACAACCCUGCAAGCAAAAUCCAUGAUGUGAAAGACUACAUCACAGAUGUUAACAGCUGGCUGGUGACAUUUGGCUUCCAUCUGCACAAUGCUAUUCCUGGAUUCCCUGUUCCCAAAUUUGAUUUAACAGAGCCUUCCUACGAACUUGUGAAGAGUCAGCAGUGGGAUGAUAUACCGCCCAUUUUUGGCGUUCAGCAGCAAGUGGCGAGGCAGGCCAAGGCCUUCCUGUCCCUGGGGAAGAUGGCCGAGGUGCAAGUGAGCCGGCGCAAGGGCGGCGGCGCGCAGUCGUGGCUGUGGUUCGCCACGGUCAAGUCGCUGAUCGGCAAGGGCGUCAUGCUGGCCGUCAGCCAGGGCCGCGUGCAGACCAACGUGCUCAACAUCGCCAACGAGGACUGCAUCAAGGUGGCGGCCGUGCUCAACAACGCCUUCUACCUGGAGAACCUGCACUUCACCAUCGAGGGCAAGGACACGCACUACUUCAUCAAGACCAGCACGCCCGAGAGCGACCUGGGCACGCUGCGGCUGACCAGCGGCCGCAAGGCCCUGGAGAACGGCAUCAACGUGACCGUGUCGCAGUCCACGACGGUGGUCAACGGCAGGACGCGCAGGUUCGCCGACGUGGAGAUGCAGUUCGGCGCGCUGGCGCUGCACGUGCGCUACGGCAUGACCUUGGACGAGGAGAAGGCGCGCAUCCUGGAGCAGGCGCGGCAGCGCGCGCUCGCCCGGGCCUGGGCGCGCGAGCAGCAGCGCGUGCGCGACGGCGAGGAGGGCGCGCGCCUCUGGACGGAGGGCGAGAAGCGGCAGCUGCUGAGCGCCGGCAAGGUGCAGGGCUACGACGGGUACUACGUACUCUCGGUGGAGCAGUACCCCGAGCUGGCCGACAGCGCCAACAACAUCCAGUUCCUGCGACAAAGCGAGAUCGGCAAGAGGUAACCCCCCGGGCCCCGCGGCCGGCCGGGGAGCCAGACCCAGCCGGGGCGCUGCGCUUCUCGGGAGCCUGAACCCACCUCUGCUCAGAUUGUUCUGUAGCACAAUCCGAAUGGGACUCUCCGGCACGGAGGAGCCUUCCUGGAGAAUGACACUGCUCUUAAGAGAAAAAAUCCACAAAAACAGAAAACUUUUUUAUGAAUGACCUUAAAGGUGAUCGGCUUUAAAGAAUAUGUUUACAUAUGCAUAUCGCUGCACUCAGUGGGACUGGAAGUAUUAAAAGGAAAAAGAAAGAAAGAAAGGGAAAAAAAAGGCCUACGCAUUUUGCUCUAGGCCGUGUGUUCGUUUGAGGCACUGUAUUUAGAGUAAAAAGGCGUACAGUGUUUCCAAAUAUUCCCGAAUUGUCGACCUUUGCUUACAAGAGGUAGUCUCUGCAUAGGAUGUGAUCUAUAGCUCUGUUAAUUCUAAAAUGUGGGGCAAAAUUACUGUUUAUAGACAAUCCAAGCGCUGUCGCUGUGCUGCUUUCCAAACGGACGUUGGCGCGAGUGACUUCUGCCACCGCCGGGAUUUCAUAACGGAUUUUACAAUGCUAACGUGGUUUGCCUUGGGGAAAAAACUGGCGAAUAGAAUCCUUGUCACCGAUAAGCAAAGGAAACCCUGAUUUUUUUGUAAAUUAUGUGAGACAAGUUGUUUAUGGAUUUUUAUAUGAAUUACAAUUUACUGUACAUCAAAUAUUAGUCUCAGAGGAGUUAAUUUAUGUAAAGUGUUUAAAAAGUUUAUACUUAAAAAUAAAAUGAUAAAAACAUGUGAACUGUGUGAUUUUUUUAAAAGGAUUGCACCUUUUGUUAUCUGUUAUAGCUGUACAGUAUAAAUUAUUAUAUUGUAGAGAUAUAACGACUUAUGCCUAUAAUGUCCAGAAGUGUUAAUAUUUUUGUAUUAGGUUGAAGAAAUGUGCAGCUUUCUAUCACUAGAUAGAUAGAUAGGACAGUGCAAUCCGAAGUGUUGGCUUGUCACAGAACUGCUCCUUUCUCUUCUCUUUCUCAUCAAGCCAGUGCCCUCAACCAUUAUCGACUAAGAGGCACAGUGAAAAACUAAGGCUGGUGGAAUGUAAUGGAAGAUAUGAACAAAAAAGCGGCAGCAGGGGUUCUCUGGCCUUCUCAGCCCUAAAAGUCGAUGGGAAGUUGGUAUAAUUAACCACAGGGUUUUUACUGUUACCCGUCCUUGAGGCUCUGUUUCAUGAUGAAGGUGAGAGACCACAUCAGAUGCCGGGAAACAUUUGCCAGAAGGAAAGGAUCUGAUGUAGUCAUGACCACAAACAUGUGUCUUAAAAUCUAGGGAAGAUAGCAGAAACCAAGCAGUGGUGAGAGAGCCAGAUGGAGAAGGUCAAGGUCACUCUGCCAGUCUUGGGUUUGGACCCUCAGGUCACCAAGAGGGACAAAAAGAGAGACAAAAGCUCCUGUAAUGUAAGCCCACAUGACCCAACCAUCUUGGGAGCUGGUUUGACUGGCAGCCUCUGCUCUGUCUCGGGGAAGCCGGGGGUGGCAGAUCCAGCUGGAAGUGAACUGACAGCCGUGCCCUCCUGCACGCGUGCGAGCGGGACCAGGCAUAGCCGCCAUCUGCGCCUCUGUGCCGGCUCAACCGCUCUUGCAGAUCUCUUUCGUGAGCACUAAAUUCAGCCACAAAAAUAUUUUUAGAAAAUAUUUCUCAGUUCAUCGAGCUAUAGUACACACUGUUUUCCUCUCUGUAUAAUGGUGAUAAAAUAUAGCAAGUGAACAUGUCGUAAAUAUAAAGGUUCAAGUGAUGUAUUGAAAAUAAUUUUCUUACUGCUUUGUAUGUAUCACAUACUCUAAAUUGCACAGUAGGCGUGUUUAUUAAACAGAUUGGCUGGGAAAGUUUCAAAAUAGCUACUGAAUUUACAGUCUCAGUGCUAUCACUGUCUUUGUGUAUUUGGUAGAACAUACCUAAUGAAUGCUGAUAUUUUAUUAGAAUGAAAGCACAGAUUAGCAUUAAUAUUUUUUAUCCUGGAAUCCUUUGGCAAGUAUUACGAAGCCCAAAUUUAGAAAACUAUGAGAUUUCAAACCACAUCAACAUGGCUCUGUUUUACAUUUUAUUUUUUAACUGUUAGGUGUCUGCAGUUCUGUUCCACGGAGCUUCUGUCUUGAGCAUGCUUGUAAGUACUUUUGGUUGAAAUAGGCUCUGAGUCUAAAUUCUCAGAAAUGUUUCUGAUGUAUUGACCAUGAAAAGCUUGUACCGCAUCACAGAAAUGAAAUCAUAACCUUAUCCUCUUUUCGACACGGACUGGUCCUUUACACUGGCACCGAUAACGAAGUUUUGGAAUAUCUCCUGGUGCUUAUCUUAGAUGAAGUCAAAUCAACCCAAUUAGUGUCUUGUUAGUAAGUAUAAGGAGCCUAUUUCUUUCUAAAAAGACUUGUGAUCUGGACAUGCUUUUACAAGAAAUAGUGACCUUGGGGAACAUGUACACAAAAGACCUUUUUCUAAGAGUUGGGGUGGGGUGGGGGACUGUAUAAUGAAAAGAAUUAGCUUACAAAAAAGAAAUUGAUAUUCAAAGUAUUUUAGGCAAAGCCAGUCAAAAUGCUUUCAUGAUAUUUUGAGAUGUAAAUUUUGUCUGAUUUGUAUUGUUCUUUUCAUUUGCCUUCUUAACUUUAUAUGUGACCUGAAUUUUCCAUAACUUGAUGACUAUAGAUUGCAUCUAGGCAUUCCAAUA